AUUAAAGCGUUUCCAUACAUAUUAUGACUCUGAGAAUAUAAUUUAUUACCGUAUACGAGUAUAUAGGAGGUCCUGAUUAUACCAAAGACCUAAAGAUAUCUCUUUAAGGUCUUUGGAUUAUACCAUAGCCUAAAUUGAUCAGCGUAACUAUGCAGUACUACAUUAAUUUAAUCUGCUUUCAAAUAACCAGCUGAUCUCUUAUUAUAAAUUCCAACCAAAAUUCUCUGAUUGCAUUACUAUUUUGUCACUUUGAAAUUUCUGUUUACUAUACUGUGAAUAUUACUCAGCCACAGGUUUAACCUGAUAAGAAAAAUAUAUUUACUGUCAUAAUAUAAGCAUCUCAUUAAGUGCAAUUGAUUUAUAAUGGAUGGCGAAAGCUCAGUUUGCUCUUCUGCAAGCACUGAUCUCACCCUUUCCCCUGGACGCUCUCGAACACUAAAGGAUUAUGAAGAACAAAUGGCCGAGUUGAAAAAGGAAAAUUUCAAUUUGAAACUGAGAAUCUACUUUAUUGAAGAACGACAGGAACAGCUUAAGGGUGUCAAGGACAUUGAAGAAAUAUUCAAUAAAAAUCUUGAGUUGAGUUUCGAGUUGGAUUCAUUGAGAAAAGAUCUAUCGGAGAAAGAAGAGUUGCUGAUCCAUUCGGGGAGAGCCGUUGAACUUUUACAACUUGAACAUCAAGAUAAGAUUGAACAAAUAAGAACAGAACUAGAGAGAGAAAAAUCAUACUUGCAAGAUCAUAUUGACAAUUUGCAAAAGGCUCUCCGAGAAAAAGACAGAAGACUUAGUACACUGGACUCAAACCCAUCUCUACAUACAAUCGCGUUCGGCUGUGAUCGAGAGUCGAUAGAGCAAAAAGAACAAGCUUCUUUAAGAAAUGAGUUGAGUAACAUCACUAAAAAAUAUGUCAAACUGGAAGAAGAUAUGGAUGCUGUGAGAGAAGACUACAUGAGACUUGAAGAGAGGCUUGACAGUUCAAAUAGAGAGAAUGUUACUCUAAAAGCCCAAGUGAGGGCUUUGGAGACUGAGCUCGAGAAGCGCCAAGCUCACCUCAAGCAGGCAUACUUGGACUUGGGACGGACAAAUGGGUCGACAUCCACCCUGGAAGACUCACAACAGGACGAACAACUCACCAGAAAAGAAGAAGAAAUGGCUGAGCUAGUGAAGAUGAUCAAUGAUAUUGAAAGAAAUUUUGAAACGAAUGUCAAUAGCAAACAAAGCAGCCACUCUCUUUCACGAAGUAGCAGUAGUAACAACAGUUUAAGUAUCAACGGCAAAGAUCAGCUAGAGGCUUCUCACUCUAGUAUCUUGCGAAACAUAUUUUUCCGCAGUAACAGAUAGUAGAAUCCCUGUACAAAUUUCGUUUUCCUUAUCAAUCGUCAAUAAAAAAAUCCUUCUUAUCAGUGAA